CUCGUCGUGUACAAAAAAAAAAAAUAAUAUAUACAAAAAAACACCAAAAAAAAAAAGAAUUAGAGAAAAUACAUAUAGGAAAAUAUAGGGAAAAAUAAUAAUCGGGCGUGCAGUGGAAGUGUUUUAAUAUUUCUAUCGAUUUCGUGGAGUGCGUACACGGAGGGUUUCGCCAAAGUUCUGGGCAAAAUGGAAAUAUGCAUAAUACGAAAAAGUGGCCAACAGCAACAGCAACACCAGCAGCACCACCACCAAUAACACAACCAACACCAACAACAACAACAAAAAUCAUAGUAAUAGAAAAUAAAGAAAACAACAACAACAAGAGCAUAGGCUGAAGCAGCUACGACGUGAGUGUGUGUGUGUGUGUGUGUUGUAAUUGGAAAAGCGUUCUCGGGGGGUGGUGUGCUGAGCCAUAAAUUAGAAUCGGAUACGGAUUUCGAUUUUGGAUUCGACUGCAACGACAUUGAGAUCCGCUACCAAUACCUUGAGGUAGCCGCAAGUCUGGCCAGCAAUCUGGAAGCAAUCAGCAUGCCAGCUAUUACCACGGACCAGGAUCAAUAAUCUCACCCAAAAAAAAAUAAUCAACCCUCAGCGGAGACGGAAAAGGAGACCGGAGCGGAAUCAAAGACAAUAAAAAUCCGAGGCCAUAAACGAGGUGGAGAGCUGGAAUCGAAUCCAACAAUUUUGGCAUCUAAAGAGGAAUCACGCGCCAGCCAGCCAUACAGCCAGCCCAAUACGGAGAACGGCAGCAAAAAUAGCAACCGCAAUCCCGAGGAGCAGCUGCAGGAUCAGAUCCCAGUUACAGUCCCAGUUCCAGUCCAGUCACAUCUUGGCACCGCACCAUGGUGAGUAACAACCUGGUGGUGCCGGUGGUGCUGUGGGGACCCACGGCCCCCACCCACUGCAUAUCGAGCGUGUUCCUCUCGGACGACCAGUGCACCCUGGUCACCGGCUGCUACGAUGGACAGAUCUGCCUGUGGCAGGUGGAGCCCACCACCCUGAAGAUGUCGCCGCGCUGCCUGCUGGUGGGCCACUCGGCGCCGGUGCUCUGCCUGGUGCGGGCCUCCCUGCUGCCGGAGAACAGCUUCCUGGUCAGCUCGUCGGAGAACGGCGAGAUGUGCACCUGGGACCUCACAGACGGCAAGUGCAUGGAGGCGGUGAAGCUGCCCCAGGUCCACACCCAGAUCCAGAGCUACCACACCGCCAACAGCGAGGAUGUGCGUCUCUUCUGCAUCGGCUACUACGCCGAGAUCAUGGUCAUGGACCCCUUCAGCCUGGAGGUCAUCUACGUGCUCAGCUCAAAGGUGAAGCCGGACUGGAUAUCGGCCAUCCAUGUGCUGCGGCCGAUGCGCCGCAAGGACGACGUGGUGCUGGCCAUCACCACCACCGGCACCGUCAAGGUCUGGACCCUGACGGGCAACGAGAACAAGCACGCGGAGCCCAUCUACGAGAACGAGUCGAAGGAGAUCCGGUGCCUGAACGCCAUCACGAUGAACUGCUGCGCCCAGAACCAGAGGACCGUGCUCCUCGUCUGCACCAAGUACUGGCAGAUCUACGACGCCGGCGACUUCACGGUCCUCUGCUCGGUGAUCGCCCCGGCCCGGGAGCGCUGGCAGGGCGGCGACUUCAUCACCUCGGAUCGCGUCAUGCUCUGGACCGACGAGGGCAAGGGCUACCUCUACAAGCUGCCCGCCAACUGCAUUCCGGACAACAAGGAGUUCCACUCGAAGAGCGUCGUGCGCGACGCCCCCUACCUGUACUACGUCCUCCAGCACGCCGGCGACAAGGUGCUGUCCUGUCCCCCGGCCAUGAAGCUGCUCCAGGGCGCCGGCGGCCAGCACAAUCUGCUGCGCGGCGACUCCGAGGGCUACAUCUCCGUUUGGAACGUGCCGGAGGUGCCGCUGGACAACAUCAGCAUCCUGCAGGCCAAGCAGAUGCCGCCGCGGGUGCUCAAGCCGCACGUCUGCACCUCGCUGGUGGAGGCCUGGUCCAUCAUGGACCCGCCGCCGGUCGGCAUCCUGGACCAGCUGUCCCGGAUAACCGAGUCGCCCGUGAAGCUCACCUCGAGCAUAUACCUGCCGCAGCAGAGCCGGCUGGUGAUCGGGCGCGAGGACGGCAGCAUUGUGAUCGUCCCGGCCACCCAGACGGUGAUGAUGCAGCUGCUGGUGGGCAUCAAGCAGAACUUCAGCGACUGGCCCUCGCACCAGAUCCUGUACGGCCACCGCGGGCGGGUCAACUGCCUGCUCUGCCCCUCGAUGGUGCACUCGCGCUACGAGAAGUCCCACCUCCUGUCCGGCGGCAUCGACUUUGCCGUCUGCCUGUGGGACCUAUACAGCGGCAGCCUGCUGCACCGGUUCUGCGUCCACGCCGGCGAGAUCACCCAGCUGCUGGUGCCGCCGGAGAGCUGCAGUCCGCGCAUCCUCAAGUGCAUCUGCUCGGUGGCGUCGGACCACUCCGUCACGCUGGUGUCGCUGCAGGAGCGCAAGUGCGUCACCCUGGCCAGUCGCCACCUGUUCCCGGUGGUGACCAUCAAGUGGCGGCCGCUGGACGACUUCCUCAUCGUGGGCUGCUCGGACGGGAGUGUCUACGUGUGGCAGAUGGAGACGGGCCACCUGGACCGCGUCCUGCACGGCAUGCUGGCCGAGGAGGUGCUCUCCGCCUGCGACGAGCAGGCCGAGGACGGCGUCUCCGGCGGGGGCGGAGGUGGCGGCUCCAAUGGCGCCUCGGCCAGCGAAAUGGGCAUGGCCAAUCCGGCGGUGCACUUCUUCCGCGGCCUCAAGUCGCGCAACAUGAACGCCAUCCGGCACGCCACCCAGCGCGGCAUCAACCAGCUGCAGCAGCUCCAGGGCCACAACCAGGGCAACUUCGACUUCCUGAUGAAGCACCGCAGCAACCCGCUGGUGAUCCAGGGCCUGCGCACCAACCCCAAGGACGCCGAGAGCCACAUCCUGUUCUUCGACAUCGAGGGCCUGAUCUUUGAGCUGCACAGCGAGGAGUACGCCCAGAUGACGCCCGCCACCCUGGAGGCGCUGGGGGUGCACCUGAACAACCCCAAGGACGGCAAGUCGAUGCACCUGGACGCCAGCAAGAAGAUCGGCGACUUCUUCAGCAAGGUGAAGAACAAGGCGGUGGACGUGGAGAAGAUCCUCAAGGACAAGGACAAGCACGGCCUGGUGCAGAAGUUCAAGGAGAAGACCGAGAUCGUCGAGAAGAAGGUGCAGGCCAAGGUGGAGAGCCUCCAGAAGGCGGUGGAGCCGCACGAGGAGCAGCAGGACCUCAAGAGCAAGAUCGCCUCCAAGAUGGAGGUCACGCACGUGAUGGAGGUGGCCCAGCUGCUGCUCUCCCUGCUCCAUUCGUGGGGGUUGGACCCGCACCUCGACAAGAUGUGCGAGACGCGGCUGGGCCUGCUCCGGCCCAUCGUACCCAUCUCGUACGGUGUCCUGUCCAAGGCCGGCUACAUGUCCCUGCUGCUGCCGACGUGGCAGAACAACUAUGCCAUACCGCCGGGCAUCCAGCUGCCCUCCAGCUCCAAGAAGCGGCCGCUGCCCGAGGAGCUGCAGCGCCUGGAGCACCUGACCGCCGUCUUCACCUCGCGCCUGCACUGGGAGCUGAGCACCACCCUGACCACCAACCACAUCCUGGCCCUGGUGGCCAUGUCCAACACCCUGCUCUCGAUGAGCGCCGCUUCCUUCCUGCCGGACAGCGAGAAGCACAAGAAGCUGCAGAAGCUGGCCCAGCGCACCGACUCGACGCUGAGCAACGAGGAGGAGCGCGAGGAGCUGAUGGCCCACCACGUCUCCCAGAUCAAGCACGCCUGGAGCCUGCUGGCCACCCACCACUGCUUCCUGCUGCCGGACAAGAUCGAGGCCCUCGAGCCGAAGAAGUUCAAGCGCCCCCAGGUCGAGAUGAUGGUCAAGCGCUGGCAGCACCACUGCAUCGAGAUCCGGGAGGCCGCCCAGCAGAUCCUUCUCGGCGAGCUGACCCGCAUGGGCAAGAAGGGCCGCAAGCAGCUGGUGGAGAGCUGGGCCCAGUACCUGCCCCUCUACACCCACACGGAGCCGAUCGUGGGCGCCCAGCAGCAGCUGGCGUUGAUUAGCCAGCCCUCCGGCGGCGGAUCCGGCGGAUCGGGCUCUGGGAACGGAGGCGGUGGCGGCAACUCCGGCGUAGGCUCUGGAGCCGGUGGCGGCAACUCGGGCGUGGGUGGAGGCGCCGGCGGGAAUGUGUCCAGUGACUCGCACCAGGACGAGGACUACGAGGAGGAGGAAGAGGAGAUCAUACGCAAGCCAUCCAGCCUGUCGGAGCUGAAGCGGAAGCAGACCACGGCCGUGAUACUUCUGGGCGUGAUUGGGGCCGAGUUCGGGCAGGACAUCUCGCAGGAGUCGCCGAACCACCGGGGCAGCAUCAGCCUGGCCACCGGAGCCAGCCUGGCGGGCGGAGCCGGGGAGCGGCGCAAGUCCAGUGUGGUGGAGGGCUUCGGCAUAGCCAACAACCUGGCCCGGCUUACCUCCAUGGCGCUGGCCCACCUCCUGUACGCCCCGCCGUCGCCCAAGCUGCCGCAGUACACGCCGCUACGGCGGGCGGCCAUCGACCUGCUGGGACGCGGCUUCACCGUCUGGGAGCCGUACCUGGACGUGUCCAAGGUGCUGCUCGGACUGCUGGAGAUCUCGUGCGAGGGCAAGGCGGUGCCGAAUCUGAACUACAAGCUGCCGCUGACACCGCAGGCGGACGCCUGCCGGACGGCCCGGCACGCCCUCCGUCUGAUAGCCACCGCACGGCCGGCGGCCUUCAUCACCACCAUGGCCCGGGAGGUGGCCCGCUACAACACGAUGCAGCAGAACGCGCAGUCCAUCAACACGCCGCUGACCCAGUCGGUGCUGCACAAGGCCAAGGGCGAGAUCCUGCAGUGCGUGGAGAUGCUGAUCGACAAGAUGCAGUCGGAGAUCGCCGGGCUGCUGGUGGAGGUGAUGGACAUUGCGCUGCACUGCGUGGACAGCAACGAGCUGAAGAGCCGCGGCCUGGCGGAGCUCUGCCCGGCGAUCUGCAAGUUCAACCAGAUCUCGCACUGCGGCCAGACGCGGCGCAUAGCCGUGGGGGCGAACAGCGGCAACCUGGCCAUCUACGAGCUGCGACAGAACAAGUGCCAGAUGAUACCGGCCCACACCCAUCCGAUCACCUCGCUGGCCUUCUCGCCGGACGGCAAGUACCUGGUCUCCUACUCCUGUGCCGAGAACCGGCUCUCCUUCUGGCAGACCUCGACGGGGAUGUUCGGGCUGGGCCAGUCGCAGACGCGCUGCACCAAGGGCUACUCGACGGCCCCCAUACCGGACGUCUCCCGGCUAAAUCCGAUGCGUCUGGCCAAGCUGGUGUGGAUCAAUAAUCGCACCGUCACCCUCAUGCUGGCCGACGGCUCCGAGACGCGGUUCAACGUCUAGGAUGGUCCAGGAUGGUGGACUCCAGAGCAUGUUAUUAGGCAAUCAGUGCGAGCUUCAAA